AUGGGCGAUCUGUUCGACAAGACGCGGGAGARAACGUUGGAACUGCGUACCGCAGGGCAUCACGUCGUGGAAAUGUGGAGUCACGUGUGGGAUGCGGAACGUGAGUAUCACGUGUUCCCCGAGUGGAUCAAGAACUUGGACCCCAUACAGCCUCGUGAAGCAUUGAUGGGAGGACGCACCAACGCCGUGGGACUCUACGCAUACUGCGAGGGGGAGGUCCAAGUAGACGAGUCGGACGACGAGGCCAUCGCCUUGAUGUUGUGCUCGGACCCCGUGCAUCGCAUACUGUACGUGGACGUGGUGUCGCUCUACCCUACGGUGAUGUGGGAAGAAGAGUACCCUAUAGGCCAUCCCAUGGUGUACGUGGGGGAAGACUUGGAUCUGGACCCCGAGGAAAUAGCCGAUUGCAUCCUGGACGAGGAGUGGUUUUGCUUGGUGAAGUGCGACGUCGACCCUCCCCGCGGAUUGUUCUUCCCCGUGCUUUCGCGCAUUGCUGACCACAAGUUGAUGUUCACUCUGUGCGCGGCCUGCUGUGACGAAAAGGACGUAGAGGAAAACGAGGGCGGAGAAUGCACGCAUACCAUAGAAGAGCGUCGUUUGCGGCACGGAGUGUGGACGACCCCCGAAUUGAAAGCUCUGAACCAGGGGUACGAAGUGGCUCAAGUUCACGAAGUAUGGCAUUACCCUGACCGCAGCAGCGACUUGUUUCAAUCGUACAUUCGUGAAAAUCUCAAGAUGAAGAUGGAGGCGUCGGGGUGGCCGUCCGAUUGCGAUACCGAAGAAAAGAAGCGGGAGUUCAUGCGGUCCGUGAAGACCAGUCAAGGCGUCGAUCUUCAGUACGAGAAKGUCGUGAAAAAUCCGGGACUGCGUUCGGUGGCCAAGUUGAACUUGAAUUCGUUGUGGGGCAAGUUUGGACAGAAUCCGUUUCGUGGCAAGGUGGAGUACGUUACGGAACCCUGCCGCUUCUUUGAACUGCUGCACGACGAUACGGUCAACGUCAAGACGGUGCUGCUGUUGACGGGCGACAUGGUGCAAGUCAACUACGACGUGCCCCGUGAGUCCACAGUGUGCAACCCCAACGGCAACGUCGUCAUUCCAGCGUUCGUGACGGCCUGGGCCCGUUUACGGUUGUACGACAAGUUGAAUGCUUUGGGGGAUCGCAUGCUGUACCACGACACGGAUUCCAUCAUUUACAAGACGGAGCAGGAAGGGGACGAAGAACUGGAAACGGGGGAUCAACUGGACCAAUGGUCGGACGAAUGCGGAGAUUCUGAAACCAAUUGGAUUGUGGAAUACGUGUCCUUGGGGCCCAAGACGUACGCGUACCGUACGAAAAACGGAGAGUGCGUGGUCAAGUGCAAGGGCAUCAGUUUGACUCCCUGUGCUAAAGAACUCGUCCACAUGAAGAGCAUGAAACGUCUGCUGGUCCAAGAGAACGAAAAAGUAACGGUCAGCUACCCACGCAAGAUUGUUAGGGAUAGCGCUCAUAAAGUACUGAGAACGGUGCCCAUGGACAAAGACGUUCGCUUGGUAUACACCAAGCGACAACGUGUCGAUCAAGGCCUGACCACGUUGCCUUAUGGAUAUUAA